AUGAAUAAUGAUUGGCAAAUGCAAAGUGAUACAAUGAACGCACCAUGUCCUGAAAUGUCGCACUAUGAUACAGUAUGUCAUUGCUGUGGCUUGGAUUAUAGUAAAGUACCAAUUAUUAAAGCAAAAUUUUUGAAUAACUGGGAGAUAUCAUUAUUAUUCCCUAUCCUUGUUUCUUUCAUUAUACUUAGCUCAUAUACAGUAUUUGAAGUUAUCUUAACAAAAGUAAUUCCUUGGUUAGAUUGGAAAUAUCAACUAUUAAUGACAAUUUUAAUGCUAUUAUUCAUUAUAUCAUAUUAUGUAGGUAUACUCGAAGGUCCUGGCUAUUUGCCAUUUUAUUAUCCUUACAAAAUGCAUGAAGAUGGCGAAGAUCCUCACGAAUUAGGCGGCCUAGUUACAACACAAGAACAAUUCGACUUUGUUAAGUCACAAAUACCUAUGCAGCGCAUAAAAUACUUCAAAACAGCUCGUAGAAUUGUUAUUCGACCCGACCAUUUUUGUUUAUGGUUUGCAACCUUUAUAGGAAAGCGGAACCAUAAGUUAUUCUUCUUAUUUAACUUUUGGGGAUUCAUUUACAUUAGUUUAUUCUUUGGUUUUGAAGUUUACGGAUUAUACAAAAUAAUUAACGACUCCCAGCUCAUGAAAUACUUUGUUCCUGUUAUAAUUUAUAUAUUCCUUGCAUUCUACUUUGUUAUAAUGACCGGACAUUUUACAAUUGACGUUUUUUAUCAUCUUUGUAAAAAUGUCACUACAUUUGAGUUGAUGCAGAAGACUCCUCCUCAGCGUCGCUAUAAAGUAAGCUAUUCUGAAGGUUUCAUUGAAGUUUUCGGACCUGUUGAGAAAUGGUACCUUUGGCUUCUUCCUAUUCCUGCAUUUUACGGAAUAGAUGAUUAUACUCUUGUUUCUACUUCUAUGUCAAGCAAAAUGUUAUAA